AUGCCACCCACCGCCAAGCGCCCAUACCACCCACCGCCCAUACAGCCCAACGCCCAUACCGUCCAUACUGCCCACAGCCCAUACAGCCCACCGCCUAUACCGCCCAUACCGCCCACCGCCCAUACCGCCCUUAGUGCCCAUACCGCCCACCGCCGAGCGCCCAUAUCUCCACCGCCCACACAGCCCACCGCCUAUACCGCCCAUACCGCCCAUACUGCCCACAGCCCACCGCCCAUACCGCCCUUAGUGCCCAUACCGCCGAGCGCCCAUACCGCCCACCGCCCACACCGCCCACCGCCCAUACCGCCCUCAGCCCAUACAGCCCACCGUCCACACAGCCCACCGCCCAUACCGCCCACCGCCCAGCGCCCAUACUGCCCACAUUCCACCGCCCAUACCACCCACCACCCACCGCCCAUACCACCCACCACCCACGGCCCAUACAGCCCACCGCCCACCAUCCAUACAGCCCACCGUCCACACAGCCCACUGCCCAACGCUCAUACGGCUCACCGCCCACCGUCCAUACCGCCCAUACAGCCCACCGCCCAGACAGCCCACCGCCCACACAGCCCACCGCCUAUGCCACCCACCGCCGAGCGCCCAUACCACCCACCGCCCAUACAGCCCACCGCCCAUACCGCCCACCGCCCAUACCGCCCACAGCCCAUACACCCAUACAGCCCACCGCCUAUACCACCCAUACCGCCCAUACUGCCCACAGCCCACCGCCCAUACCGCCUACCGCCCAUACCUCCCUUAGUGCCUAUACCGCCCACCGCGGAGCGCCCAUACCGCCCACACAGCCCACCGCCCAUACCGCCCACCGUUCACCGCCCAUACCGCCCACCGCUCACUGCCCAUACCGUCCAUACCAACCAUACCGCUCAUACCGCCCACCGCCCAUACUGCCUAUACCGCCAUUACCGUCCAUACCAACCAUACCGUCCUUACUUCACACCGCCCAUACCGUCCACCGCCCAUACCACCCUUAGUGCCCAUACCGCCGAGCGCCCAAACCGCCCACCGCCCAUACCACCCUUAGUGCCCAUACCGCCCACCGCCCAUACCGCCCACAGCUCAUACAGCCCACCGCCUAUACCGCCCACCGCCGAGCGCCCAUACCACCCACCGCCCAUACAGCCCACCGCCCAUACCGCCCUUACCGCCCUUACCGCCCACCGCCUAUACCGCCCACAGCCCAUACAGCCCACCGCCCACACAGCCCACCACAUAUACUGCCCAUACCGCCCAGUGCCCAUACUGCCCACAGCCCACCGCCCACCACCCAACGCCCAACGCCCAUACAGCCCACACCGCCAAUACAGCACAUACAGCCCACCGCCCAUAUCGCCCACCGCCCAUACCGCCCAUCCCUUAGUUCUGUCUUUGUUUAGAGUGAUGAAAACUAGCUAA